CACCAUCUCUUAUCCUUUGAUCUAUGUUUCCUCUCACCUGUUUUCGAUCCUUUUGAAUCAUAAAGUUUUUCUGUUUUUUCAUUCUAUGCACGAAUCGAUUCGUUUUACGUUUAUUUCACUCUCUGUGUGCUUCUUACACUGUCAAUGAUCAACACACGAUUACAAUUUUGAGUGCACACUCAUCAGCAAAUAGAUCUGUGUGUUUCUAAGUGAAAUUCGUUUGUGUACGCCGUUUUUUUGGAAUUAUGAAUGAUGUGGAGUUGGUAUUUUGUAUUCGAAAUCAAGAAGCUGAAAUGUAUCCAAAUUCUCUGGACCUGAAGCGGAAGUUCCAGCCAGUCGAUUAUGCGUAUAAGAAUUUGAGGACAGUUUCCCGGAGACAGCCGACAAUCCCAUUUUCAGAUGACUCAAGAUACAUGACAUCCCUUUCGGUGUUCAGAAUAAAUAACCCAUGCUCGGAAGUGGGAGCUGACAAUAUUGACCCAAAUCAUCAGAAGUUACAGGACAGGAUAGAAGCUGCACUAAGGCUCUUAACUUUCCGAGAGCAACAUGUUCUGGUUCAGUUUUGGUCGCCUCAUGCGGUUGGGAAGCACCAAUUACUUGAAACUAUAUAUCAACCAUUUGGUAUUGGGGUGGUAACUGAUGUAGGGCUUUCUUUGUAUCGGCGGGAUUCUGAGGACAAAUCUUUUGUUGUGGAUAAGGAUCUUGAAGAAGAGGACAGUAGUCCUGCUGUUCGAGCAUUCAGACGAGGAUUGCCAGAGUGGGCUUCUGAUUUAAAUCAUUGCACCUCAAAACAGUUUCCGCAACAAGAGUGUGCGAUUCGUUGCAAUCUCCAUGGGUAUUUGGCUUUACCAGUUUUUGAUUCGAAUACACGGUUAUGUGUUGGUGUGCUUGAGCUCUUGACGUCUUCGAAGUAUAUGAAUUAUGCUCAUGAGGUUCAAGUAAUCCACAUGGCACUAAAGACACAGAAUCUGAUAAGUCCACAAAGAUUUGAUUUUCCUGCUUUAUAUGUUCUUAACGAAAGCAGGCAAAAUAAUUUAGAUAAAAUCCGGGGUAUUCUAAAAAUGGCGUGUGAAAUUCACAGUUUACCUCUUGCUCAGACAUGGGCUGUGUCCCCGCACACUAGUUUUGUGUCUCAUGAAAAAAAUAUAGAGAAGAGCUGUAGUAGUUUUGACACUAGAUGUGUCAGGAAAGUCUGCAUGUCCACAACUGCUCUACCUUUUCAUGUUCAAGACUUGAGCAUGUGGCCGUUCUUUGAAGCUUGUAGAGAACGACACCUGGACAGUUCAUGUGGCCUUGUUGGCAAGGCUUUGUUAACCCACGGCUCAUGUUUUUGUGGAGACGUAACCAAACUCAGUGAAGAAGAGUACCCUUUGGUCCACAAUGCACGCAUGAACCGGGUGACCAGUUGCUUUGCAAUCUACUUGUGUAGCAUUGAAGACAAUGAUGGCUAUGUGUUGGAGUUCGUUCUACCGCCAGAUAUCAAAGACAGCGGACAGGUCUCGAACUUGGUCCAAACAUUGAAGCAGAACUUUGCGAUAGGUUCUGGAUUUGAACUGGGUGACAACUCAUGUAUACAAGUUGUUGGACUUCCUCCGGAUGUCUCUGUAAACAUGGAACCUGAUGUUACAGAAAUAUCCUCGGACUUUGUGGCUGACAAUUUCAUGUCCUCAGAUUCAGAGUCAUCGAUGGCUAAUCAUAACAACUUGGGCAUGGACAAAACAGGGUUUACCGGUACCGAUGCCGGAGAAAAAAGCAAAAAACGUAAAAAAGAAUCAGUUACCAGGAUGGUGACAGCAAAGAUAAGUUAUAAUGACGAUACGGAAAUUUUUAACCUUCCUUUUCCGUUUGGACUUUCAUAUCUGACAAAUGAAGUCUCACAAGUCUUCAAGUUAACCGGUAAAAAAAUUAGUCUGAAGUACAUAGAUGAAGACGCCGAUUUGAUACUCAUUGCUUGCGAUGUGGAUUUGCACUCUGCUGUGGUUACUGCAGGCAGUAACAACAGUAUCAGGUUAAUCUGCCUGUCGGAUUAACCUGUCUGAUACUCACUGCUUAGUUUGCUUGUGAUACAUUUGAAGUUUAAUGUCUGUAAGAUUAAGCUGUGUGAUACUCAUUACUUGCGAUGUGGAUUUGAAAUUUGGGAACUAGUACUCCUGCGUGUUGUAAUUUAUCAUUUUUUUUUUGUCUUUUAAA